AUGGCCCCGGCCCGCCGCCCCGCCGCGCGCCUGCUGCUCCUGUGCGCCGGCCUGCUGGCCACCGCCGCCGGCCUCGGCGCCCCGGAGCCCGGCGCGCCCGCAGGGAGUCCGGCGCGCCCGCCGCCGCCCGGGGCUGAGCUGCCCGCCCGCCCGCCGGAGUCCUCCACGGAGCGAGCACACAGCAUCGACCCCAGGGAUGCCUGGAUGCUCUUUGUCAGGCAGAGUGACAAGGGCGUCAAUGGUAAGAGGAAGAGCAGGGGCAAGGCCAGGAGGCCGAAGCUUGGCCUGCCAGGGCCCCUGGGGCCCCCUGGUCCCCUCAUCCCAUCUGAGGCACUGCUGAAGGAGUUCCAGCUGCUGCUGAAAGGUGCAGUGCGGCAGCGUGAGCGCACGGAGCCCGGGCCCUGCGCUCGGAGUCCCGCUGAGCCGGCCUGCGCAAGCCCCGCCCCGGGCUCCAUUGAGGACGACAAGGAGGCAGGGGACAUGCUGGCGCUGCUGGCUGCGCCCCUGGCUCCAGGCCCCCGCGCGCCGCGUGUGGAGGCGGCCUUCCACUGUCGCCUGCGCAGGGACGCGGUGGUGGAGCGGCGCGCGCUGCACGAGCUCGGCGUCUACUACCUGCCCGACUCCGAGGGUGCCUUCCGCCGAGGCCUGGGCCUGAACCUGACCAGCGGCCAGUAUACUGCGCCUGUGGCCGGCUUCUACCUUCUAGCUGCCACACUGCACGUGGCGCUAGCUGAGCAGCCAAGGCGUGGGCCGCUGCGUCCCCGGGACCACCUGCGCCUGCUCAUCUGCAUCCAGUCCCGCUGCCAGCACAAUGCGGCAGCCACAACCAGCUCCCUGGUGCCCAGAACCAAGCCAAGGCACAGGGCAGGUGCUCCGCAUGCAGUGGGGAGAAGGUGCAGCACAGCUCCCUGGAGGCUGUCGUGGGCCUGGAGAGCAGCAGUGAGCUUCUCACCGUCUCAGUGAACGGGGUCCUGUAUCUGCAGAUGGGGCAGUACACGUCCGUCUUCGUGGACAACGCCAGUGGCUCCUCCCUCACCGUGCGCAGUGGCUCCCACUUCAGGGCUAUUCUCCUGGGUGUGUGAGUGGCCGCAGGCCCUUCCUCUCGCCAGGCGAAUGGAGCAGAGGUUCAGAUAGUUGGAAGGACAGUGACCCCGUCUAAGAGGAAGCCCACCUGGAACUCUGCCCACACUGGUCCCUACAGUUUGGUCCAGAGCUGGCCACCACAGGUGGGUCUGUGGGUGACACAGGCCAGUGGUCCCAGGCCCAGCAGUGACUUCAGGAAGCUCUUUUAAGAGUGGAAAGCCCUUCGGGGCUGUGACCUUGGAAACACCCAGCAUGCCCAGGAGCACGUACUGUGUGCCUGCUGCAGAGCCAGCUCCCGCGUGGCCCCACGCAGCCUCAGCUUUCCUAACUUUCCCAUCUUUUUUAGCCUUCUCCUGGGCUGCAGAGAGCCCUGGCCAGGGACCCUGCACAGGGCUGAUGGGUGCCAGAGGGAAGCCAGCCACACAUCCUCAUUGCACACCGGGGAGCCAGUCUGUCUGGGUCAGCAACCUUGCCCACCACUCCCCUGUCCACUUGGGCUCCUGGACCUCCACGCCUCUCCCCCAGACAUGCCUCUACCUGCUGUGAGCUUCAGGGUCCUGCCUGGCCUGCAGUGAUCACUGAACCCAAGACCUGCUGUGGACUCCUGGCAUAGCUGCUUCAGGAACCAGAGGAAUGCUGGGCAGGGACUUCCAGGGGGACAGUCCAGGCCUGGCUUCCAGUGGCUAUUUCCACUUCUGAUGUGUGCCAAGAUUAACUCACAAGCCCUCCUUGUAGAUCUCUUAGCAAACAGGAACUACACUCUCCCCCUGCGAAGCCCUCAGACAAGGCCUCCAUGCUUACUGCAGAGGCCAGCUGGUCAACAAGACCCUUUCCCAUCCCAUGAGGGUCAGGCUCACUGCUAGAACUCCCACCAGUUGACAGAUAGGAGACAGCCUGCCAGCCCGUUCUGGGCAGGCUCCUGCUACCUGGGUGGUGUGGCCUUGCUGGGCCCAGCUGGCGCUGGGCUCAGCUGGUGGUGAAGGAGAGAUGGUCCUGAGGGUGGAGAAGACGCAGGGCCAACAGCCCAUGGCUUGCUUGAACACAACCUCCCAGUGUUUCCCAAGUGCAGGACUAGGCCCCAGAGUGACAGGGCCCUCACUGCCUGCUAAGGAAAAGCUGACCCACACACACAGGUGGGAAGGGACCUGGUGCCACAGGACUCCAGGGUACCCACGCCUGGGAGAGGUGACAAUGGCCACAGUCACUCCAGGGCAGCUGGGCAGAAUGACCCCAGUUUCCUUGCCCACACUCCAAAAUCAAACACCUCCAAGCCAGGCAGCCAAAGCAUAGAGGUACAGGUGAAUCGACCACUCUGUCCCCCACAGGCAGGCCUGGCCAGAUUCUCAGUAGGACUUGCACCCACCCUACCAGGAAGCACCAGGCUGGCCUGGGUCCCAACUCCUGUGCACUUUGAUUAAGGGGUGGUGGCCACACCCGUCCUGGAUUUCACUCCAUAUCCAGCAAACACAGACACCUUGCAGAAGUUAUCUUCCCUUGAAGGAGCCGCGUAUGCACAUAUUCUUUCAAUGUGAGCAUGUUACACAACUUACUGAAGUGCUUAUGGUGUAACGUUGCCAGGAAAGAAAUAUUUAUGUAACUGACGUGUUAGUGUGUGAUGUGACCACACAAGGCUACAAAAACAAAGGGUGAGAGUCAGACUAUUGACCCUCAGUCCAGGCCACCAGGAGUGUUGAACUCUAAGGAGAGGCAGGCGGCUCCCAGCUGCAGGGUGGCGGGGACUCCCCUUGCAGGUAGGUGGCAGGGGAGGACCUUGCCAAGGACACCAGGACCAAGUCUCACCCAGGAGACGGGCACUUAGAGACACUUGGGCCACAGUCUUCAGGGCACAGAAUGACACCUAGUUUGCUACAGGAAGACAUUUACCAAAUAAACUGCUGACUCCAAGGUCCUGGGGUUCUGUUCUUCCUGAUGCUAUGAUCCAGUGUCCUAGUCCCCAAGCAGAAAUGGAUACCUGGUUCUUAACACUGUGGGUUCACACUGAGGUACCUGCAGCAUUGGCAGCCAGUUUACCACCAGGACUGAUGGGCUGGUAAGACGUGUGCACUGGGUGUGGCCAGUGAGCCCCACAGACCAGGCAAACAUCCUGGGCCAAACACUCACACCGAUCCAAGAGCUGCUUUAUUUAAAAAAAAUAAAUAAAAAUUACAGUUC